AUGCAUGGGGGCCUUUCCACGCAACCCACAACACCGAGGAUAAUUGCCCAGUCAGUCUCAGAUCGUUACUCAUUCGGCACAACCACUGUACUGAUCCACUUACUCCCUUGGGCUCGGGCUGCACCGCACCCCCAACCCUUAAGAUAUUCCUCCUUCCUGUUUGCUUUCACCUCUUUCUUCUCGGAAAGAUGUAGACAUUACCUUUCGUUUCUCUUCUCAGCUUACCCUCUCUCGGGAAGAUGCAGUGAAUAUGCUUUUCCUUUCUUUUCUUUGCCAUCGUUCCGGAUUUGUCGAUUGAGCAUAUCCCAUCAUUUCCGUUCAGCAACCCAGUCUUUUUCAAGUCGACCGAGCCCAGCAGCUGACAGGACCCAGCAUCAGCAGAAGCAGUUGUUCAAACAGUCCUUUUCAAGGCUAACUUCUGAAAGUCAUUUGAUCACCACUCUUCGAGGCUCCACUCACUUCACUCUCUGCUACUGCCUUCCCUCUGAGACGCCAGCUCACUCCUGCAGCUUUCAGCUCACUCCUGCAGCUUUCAGCUCACUCCUGCAGCUCAUUACAGUCUCCAGUUCACUCCUGCAGCUUCCCGCAGUUUCCAGCUCACCCCUGCAGCUUCCAGCAAUCUCCAGUUCACUCCUGCAGCGCUUCACUGACGUCCAGCGACCAGUUCCAACCUCCGGAUACCGUUCCCGAACAAACGACUUCUGUCGUCUUUCCACCCACUGUUCGCAAAUAAAGACACGAUUUCUAUCUUCUACAACGGACCAUCUGCGUUUGUCAUCCUUCUUUGCUAUUGCCAUCUCCUUGCCUUUGUGUCCUCUUUUUAGUUGUACGGUCGAUUGGCACUCACACCUCUCGGCCCGCUGCAACAAGCGCUCUGUUUGUAAUUAUAAACUUCUAUAUUCAUCUAGUCACACUAAUAAAUACAUUAUAAAGAUUACAGUGUUGAUUACACACAUAUUUAUUCUAUGUAACAUUUGUUUUUGUUGCUCCUUUUCAUCUUAA